AUGAGCUCUCAUUCGACAGAGGACCGGCAGAGUGCCACCGCACCGCCCGAGGAGGCUGAAGGAGGGGAACAACCAGAAGACCGGCGAACAUCAUCUGUUGAGCCGGCGGCUGACCCUCUUCUCUCCCGCUCUUGUUACCCUUGCAAUCAGAGAAAGAUACGGUGUGACAGGCGUUCGCAAUGUUCGGCCUGCAGGCGCUCGGGCCGGACCUGCUUGUACCCGCCCCCCGGGCCUCGGAUACGGCGCACCAAGCGGACCAUAGUCGCUGAUAUGUCCUCACGCAUCUCGAACCUGGAGAGAAGCCUCAAGAGGGCCAGGCAGGUUGAUGCUGAUGCUGAGGCUGAAGUUAGAACGUCUCGAAAGAAUCAAAAUCCGGGUCAGUCCAGACAGGAUAUUCUCAUACAGAAGGGCUCAUCAAGCCAGUACUUCAACGAGGUCCUGCUGUCUAGAGUUAUCAAAGAAGAACACUGCAUCGACUCUGUACUGACGCCCCCAGAGUCGACCCCGGGCCCGGUAGUACCCUCGCCUUUUAAUCCUCUGGGCAUUAUCUCCUCGCCUGACCCGACGAUAUCACCAGCCAGCCUCCAUCCGCCCAGCCAUAUGGCCGUGCGGCUGUGGUCGAUCUAUGUGGACAACGUUGAGACCUGCGCCGGGCUGAGACUCCUGCAUCUCCCCACCGACGAGGUCAAGGUGUACUCGGUCAUCAACGACCCUGCGUCGGCGUCUUAUGAGCACCUGGCACUGACUUUCGCCAUCUACUAUGCCUCCACGAUCUCGCUUGAGCCUGCAGACGCGGAGCUGGUCCUCAAGGAGGAUAAAGAGACCAUGCUUCUCAGGUUUAAGCUCGGCCUUGAGCAAGCCUUUGCGCACGGGAACUUCCUGGACCGCCCUACUAUCUCUGGCCUGCAUGCUCUAACAAUCUAUGUGGCUGCACUUCGGAUGCACAACCGCGGCAAGGGAAUAUGGAUCCUGAAUGGUCUUAGUAUACGCAUCGCCCAGUCGCUGGGACUACACCGUGACGGGAAGCGCCUGGGCCUCUCUCCGUUCCAGGCAGAAAUCCGUCGCCGUCUGUGGUGGCAUCUCUUGAGCAGGGACAGCCGAGGGGGUGAGGACUACGGUCUCGAGAACACCAACGGCCCGCUGCUCAUGUCGGAUGUCGAUCUCCCCGCCAACGUGCACGACACAGAUCUCACACCCGACAUGGUCUCGCCGCCCAAGCCAAGGGAAGGAUGGACGACCAUGACCUUCUCCCUGAUCGCCAUCGAGCUCUUCAAGACGAUGCAGACGCUGGCGGCCAUGGCUGCGACCUCACCGCCGACCUCACCCCCGAGCGAGGCAGUCCGGGCCAAGACCAUCCAGGAGCUCCGGGCACGGCUCGACGAGUGGAUGGCUUGGUGUAACCCGGUGAUCCCACAGCAGCGUCUGACCCUGUUCUGCGCGCGGUUUCUGCUCAAGAAGACCGACUUCGUCACGAGGCUACAGUGGAUCCUCCUGCAGCAGCGGGCUGGCCUGCACUCGGACUUUGCCACUGAGGAGAACCUGGACGUGGCCCUCGAGAUCCUGGAGCGCAAGAUGUACAAAGACGACGGCCUCCUGAAGCAGUUUGCCUGGACCAGGAGAGCCUACCCGCAGACCAACGUCAUGCUAUACGUCCUGCUGCACCUGUGCGUGAAGCCCGAGGGCCCGCUGAUUGAUAGGGCCUGGGGCGCCAUCGAGGCCUUCUUUGCCGAAGACGUGCCCCGUGAGCCCGCCACCGGGCUCGGCCCGAAGCUGUUGGUGCUAGUUGUUCUCAGGAAGAAGGCCGUGGCCGUUCGAGAGAAGCUGCACAGUAGGAGACCCGGGUUGGGGAGAGACGGCGCGCCCGAGCCAGGACUGGCGUUAGGAGAGCACUCAUCGUCCACCUCUGUGGCGGGUGUAGGAGGUCCUGCUGUGGGCUUGGAGCACACGGUGGCGGACGAGUAUGGUCUCGACAACAGCUUGGUGGACUGGCCGGACUGGGCGGCUCUGGUGCAGGACUUUCAGCUUGACACCACCGACGUCUUUCUGUAGUGACCCCACCCGCCCGGGAAUAGGUGUUGAGAGAUCAACAAGAGUCUCUCCUGUACCAAUGUUGUCACACACACAACGAUGCCCCGGCGCAAUGAAGAACAACACGCUGCCCUCUGAGAAUUGGGCCAUCCUUUGAGAGAAGACGACCACCCGCCAAGCAGGGUAACCUUCUCUUUCUCUGCCUUGUCUGCUCUGCACUUCGCACCCGCACAAGAUUCCCUCCAAAACACAACUGCCCAGAGUGCACCUGAUGUCAACGCCUAAGAUUCUUGAUUUCAAGUAAAAGAACAAGUUUAGAGUGUGACAAGAUGAAUUGGGGUUUUGCUGGCUGACAAGGCUGAAAGGUGGAGUGGAGCCGUCUCUGUGGUAACGAGACCGGGCAACCCCUGCACUCUUGGCUCAAUAGGGUAAGAUGUCAAUAAAGCUGCUCUUGCCG